GUGCGUUCUGACGUCACGGCGUACGGACUCACACAACCGCAUUGUUGUUGGGGGAAGAGAAGCUCGGGCUGUUGCUGAGCUCUGCCACUUCUAACCGCUUUUAAACAAUCAUAUCGAUCAGUUUUUAUCCUCAAACGACCUGAAACACCCGAAACCCGCUCCGUCGCCCUGGAUACCUGCCGGUCACUCGCAGGUUUGACUCGGUUGAGCGCGAGCCGCGGCCGCCGUUGGAUGAUCGGACUGAAUGUGGAUUUAACUGCCGCUUCGCUCCGCAGGCCGCGCCGCCAUUGCUGUCGGAUUUAUAAGCUAAAUUCGUGAAAAACACCGAGGUAAGUCCGCUCUUACUCCGUCCUCUCUUUGUUUAUAUCACAGCACACACUCUGGACGGGGUUUCAUCUGUAUACACCGCUCACUGAUCCUGUAAAAAGCCAUCUUCUCUGUCGGAGACUGGUUCUUGUUGUGUUGGUCGCCAUAUUUCCUCCCCCCUCAGAUGUAAUGCUAGCAGGCUAACGUUAGCACGGAUUGUGGACGGAGUGUCCUAACGCGUUUAUCCGGGGUCCGGGGAGGUCAGGAGGGAACCGCCGGGUGGUCAUGUCUUAUAUCAGACAUGAGGUUGUUAAAAAGCUUUAAUGGAGGCCGUGUUUGCCGCUCAGACCGACGUAGGGGCUCGGUUAAGUAGAGCUAACGUUAGCCGCAGCGGGAAGCCGAGGGUGUUCACCGAGCAGAGCCGGCUCAGAGCAGCUGGAGGUCGGCCUGUGUUUGGGGUGGAGGUCCCUGUACGUUUGUUUCAUUCAUCAAGUGGAGGUUAUUACAGUCAGCCUGUUUCCGCCCCCUCCACAGCUGAAAACACACUGAUAACCCUCAGGACUCCCAGCCAGGGAUGUAACGAUAUGAAAAUUAAAGAUCACGAUUAUUGUGAUUAAAAUUAUCACGGUUAUCGGUAUUAUCGCGGUGUUGUUGAAAUAUGUUUAAAAAGUAGUUAUACACGUCCUGAAAUCAUUUAACAAAGUUUUAUUUUGAAAAAACACUGCAGAACGAACUUUUUCUGAACCUUAAAUAACAGAGGAAUGAACAAAUUAAAGGGCCUUUAAAGAGCCAGAGGUCAUCAACACUAGUACUAGUAAUCAUUAUUAGUACUAGUUAACAUGAACAUAAUAACAAAUAAAUAACAUUUAAAUAAAACAACAUUCCUUAUUGUGCAAAUUGUAAGAAUCUUUAGUUCUCAAAAAGCUCGACUCUUAUAAAUAUAUAACAGAGCAAGACAACUGUAUGAAACAAUACAACCACAUGUAAACAAAUGUGAAGUUCAGGUGUUUAAGAUAUGUAAACAAUAAGGUGCUGCUGCUGCUGUUCACUACUUCAGAUUGAAAUGUCAAACUAUUAGGAUAUCUACUUUCCUGGUUUGAGUCAUGAUCCGCGAGGGGAAACGAUUUGCUCGCUGGCACUGAAUGACCUCUCAGAUAGCGCGCUGGUUGCUGGGAUGCACAGAAGCUUCCUCGCAACCCUUUGUAGAAGCCGAAAUACGCCCAGACUUCGGACUUGAUUUUAUUUGGCAGCGAAAAAUCUCUUCAACACGGUCGGUCAGUUGGUUCCCUCUCUCUCUCUCUCCCCCUUAUCUCUCUGUAUUCCUGCCCAACCCAGCAGUGGCCUGGUGGCUGUCUAACAUGAGUCUGGUCCUGCCCAAGGUUUCUGCCUGUUAAAAGGAAGUUCUUCUUCGCCGCUGUUACUCAUGUUAGAUGAGAUGGGCCAAAUCCCAUCUUAGGUUGAGUCUUGAUAAUUCAUGAGCGUGGUCUAGACCUGCUCUUGUUCUUUGAAAAGCGUCUUGGGAUGACGACUGUUGUGAAUUUGCUCUAUAUAAAUAAAAUUUGAUUGAUUGAGAACCGCCUCCAAAACUGCCCUCUGCCAUGUUUACAAUUUGUAUACUGUGUGCGGCUCGCCUGCGUCCGCAGGACUGCUGUGUGCGUCUGCUCUUUUCAGCAUUGAACAGUAUCACUGUGAGCUUUUUCAGAGUGCGGCGAUCAAACACGGUUUUAACGGUAAAUAAAAUUUGAAACAGUGGUACUAACCAUCAGACAUUUUACCGUGGUUUAUCAUUUUACCGGUAAUCGUUAUGUCCCUACUCCCAGCUAUAUUUUGCGAUUUUUGGUCCACCAUUUUUUUUUGUAACAAUCUCUGUAUCAACUCUUUCCUUUCAAACACGGCAAAUAUAAAUACAUCUUUGUUUUUUCAGGACAACCUCAGCUGUCAGUUUAUGGAGCAAAAUAAAUGUGACAGUAGAUUCAGAACCAACAGAACUUUGCUCCAAAAACACAUAAAUCUACAGUGACCAAGCCUUUUCUCACCUGCACAUCAUUCUCUCAUCAUUCUCUCAUCAUUCUCUGGCUAUCAGGAGAAGAAAUAUUGGGAUUGGAACAAACGCACAACAGAAACUAUUGACAUAUUUACACUCAUUCAGGUGUUUUUUUUACUAUUUACAGUUGUUUCUGCCGCUCCUUGAAGCAGUUCCUGUCUGGGAUGAGACAGAGGACCACAUCAUACUGCUCAGAAUCUCUUCUUUGCUUGUUUCCAAACAUUGAGGACCAUUAUUUCUGAUUUUGCAGACAAACAGGGAACUUUCUCGUCUCUUAUUGGACACUACCAUCAAGGGAACAAUAGAAGAAGAAUAUGAGACCGUGUAAUUGGUCGAAAGUUUGACAGAAAAAGACGUCAUCGGAACAGCUUGUCAAACCUGGAAGACAUUAGCGGCAUUUAGAGAUAGUGAUUUUUUUUAAUCACAACAAUAUAAUAAAUAAUCCUGUUUUCACCGGUAUAUCACUGUGGAUUUACCAUCAAACGUCUCUGAUCAAACACCUAUUUUUGUGGCUGGAUUGUAAACCUUGUGGCAGGUGUAGAAAUGUCUGGAAACCCUCGAUAGAUCGCCAAAAGGUUAAGCUUUUCAACACUUUUGAUCCCGUAGAGAUACACGGUAUAGUUCCUGAGAAACUGUAAACAAUAUUAAUGGAGUCAUGUGGGAUCGCCGGAGAUCCAGCUGGGUUCGAAGUGUUAAUCUGCAAACAGGAACUCAGGGGCUCCACAUUUAAAGCUGUUUACUGAUCUGCAUGUCCCAUCUGUUCCCGUCAGGAUACAACUGUAAUUGCAUUAACAUCGUUGCUUUCUUCACAACAGAGAAGUGUGGGCAUUUCAUUGGCCAAAAGUGUUGUGGAUAGACGCACACUCAAACAUACUCUUACCAGUUAUUGAACCAACAGCACUGCUAAUAAUUGAUCCGGAGGGAAAUUUCAGGCAUCCAGUAGCAUGCAGAACACAAACCAAUAGAUACCCUCCUAUAUUCACAAGUGAAGCUUGUGCAAAAACAAAACGAGUCAGAGAUAAAUGUUGCCGACCGCUUGCUUCUCUAGUUAUACCAACUUAAGUAACGACCGCAAUCCAAGAGAGAGCAGGCGUACUUACAAACUCAACAAGUGAUCAGAAAAUCAGACAGAGUCGACCGUCGGUGAUUUUGUAAUUUGUUCAAAGUAAAAGGGAAAACAAACUGAAGCACCUUUUAACCAUCUCAGUUCAGACCCUUGAAACAGGCUGUAAGAAAGUUUCCCAGGACUGAAGAUGGCGGGUUGCUGAACUCUGAGCUGACACAAACAGUUUUAUAAUCAAACUCGUGUCAGACAGUUGAAGAUUUCACACGGUGACUCGUUGAAAAGAAUCUGUCGUCCUGUGUUGCUCAUGUGGACGAUCAGCAGCUGUCAGCGUACUUCUACAUGAUUCACAGAAUUAAAGGUACAGGGAGUUAAGAGAACAUACAGGUCAGCAGAGAGAAACUGACAUUAACACACAUAUCUGUCGUUAUGGAGGUGAGAGUUUAACAGAAACAACAACAAACACAAGAGCUGACUCGCUGCUGUGUGAAGGUCUGACCAAAUCUGUUGGCAAAGAUUUGUGAGGGCAACAAAGACUGAGCCGGGACCUGACUUUGCAUCAAACUGACACGCUCUUUCAUGCUGCGUUUACGAACAAGAGUCUAAAUACUGAGAAAUAAUCUGCAUGUUUGUCAAUGAGAAUGAGAUUAUUGAUGUGAAAGAUGACGAGGACAGAUAUGUGACGCGUUAAAACGACGUAUUUGAUCUGUUUUCUCAGGCUGUCUGUGAUUGGGGGUCACAUCCUUGUAAAAACACAGGAACUGCCUGACAUUGUUCCAGAGUUCAGGCCGUCAGUCAUGAGGGCGGGUUCUGCUCGGUCCAAACCACCCUGCUCUGUGUGCUACUCCUUACUCCACAGGAAAUCUUGGUGUUGCCACUUCGUAUCAGUGACGCAGUGUUUCAUGUGUUUGAUUUUCAGGGUCUUAAAGACGUCAAAAUGAAGAAGAAAAGUCGGCACCACCGCCCGGCUGUCCUGAAGAGAGAUUCCUCUCCCAUAAAGCCGUCACCCAACAGGGAGACGCUGACGUACGCAGAGGCCCAGCGGAUCGUGGAGCUGGAGGUGGACGGCCGCGUGCACCGGCUCAGCAUCUACGACAAGCUGGACGUCAUCACCGACGAUGACCCCACCGCUCAGGAGAUCAUGGAGUGCAACAGCAACAAGGAGAACAACGUGAAGCCCCAGCAGGUUCUGGUGCGCUCGGUGCGCCUCAAAAACAACCAGCAGAAGAAGAACGCGGCGCUCACCGCGGCGCACGGCGGCAUCGGCACGCACGGCAACGCCAGCGGCCUGUUAGAGCCGAAGGUUAGAACGGUUGAAUACAAUCUGCCGGUGGUGCCGAAGAGGCCGGCUGCUUAUUACAAAUAUGUGGAGAGGACAGAAGAAGAGCUGGACGAGGAGGUGGAGUACGACAUGGACGAGGAGGACUACGCCUGGCUGGAGCUAAUCAACGAGAAGAGGAAAGGGGAGGGUAUCAGCCAGGUGUCGCACAACCUCUUUGAGUUUCUCAUGGACCGCUUCGAGAAAGAGUCGUACUCGGCCACUCAGGGUCAGAGUGACCUCCAGUCCCUGGUGGAUGAGGACGCGGUUUGCUGCAUCUGUAUGGACGGGGACGGAGCGGACAGUAACGUCAUCCUCUUCUGUGACUCCUGCAAUAUCGCCGUGCACCAGGAGUGCUACGGGGUGCCGUACAUCCCCGAGGGCCAGUGGCUGUGCCGGCACUGCCUGCAGUGCCCGUCUCGACCCGCGGAGUGCGUUUUCUGUCCGAACCGGGGCGGAGCCCUAAAGAAGACUGACGACGACCGAUGGGGUCAUGUAGCGUGCGCUCUGUGGGUGCCUGAGGUCGGCUUCUCUGACACCGUUUUCAUCGAGCCCAUCGACGGCGUUCGGAAUAUCCCACCGGCGCGCUGGAAGCUGACCUGCUACCUCUGUAAAGAGAAGGGUGUGGGCGCUUGUAUCCAGUGUGACAAGAUCAACUGUUACACGGCCUUCCACGUCAGCUGCGCCCAGAAAGCCGGCCUCUACAUGAAGAUGGAGCCCGUCAAAGAGGUGACGUCAUCGGGGGCCUCCACCUUCUCCGUGAAGAAGACCUCGUACUGCUGCAGCCACACCCCCGGAGGCUGCGAUCGCCGCCCGCUCAACAUCUACCUGGAGCCACAUCCGAAAAACGGUGCCUGCCACAAGAGGGCGGAGAAAAGGCCCAAAUCUCGAGCCAAGGGCUGGCAGAAAAAAAAGAGUAAAAAAGUGGAGCCAGAACCCGAACCUGAACCUGAGACCCCGGCCAACUCUGGACCCAGUAUCACGGUUUCAAGGUAGACCGGCGUUUAAGGAUCUUGAGUUAUUAGUUGACGCUGUUAUCGUGUUGUAGAGGGUGGGAACCCUUCAGAUUAUUGAGAACGUUUUGAUCAAUUUCAGUUUCUGUUUUUCUUUCAGCUUCGACACCAUCCUGAACCAGGUGGCUGUUCAGAGGAAGCGUCACUUCGUCGAGCGGGUCUUCAGUUACUGGGUGCAGAAGAGGCAGUCGAGGAACAACGUGCCGCUGAUCCGCCGGCUGCAGGCCACUCCUCAGCCGCCCAAAUCCAAGCAGGCGGUCAGUGCUGGCCCCCCUACUCGCUGGUUUCCAGAAGCCGAUUUUUAAAGCUGCUCUUUCUGACGUUGUCUGCGUUUGUCUGCAGGACCGCAUGGAGACCAACCAGGCGCUGAAGGAGCAGCUGAAGGAGUGGCACCGUCUUCGCCAUGACCUGGAGAGAGCGCGUCUGCUGCUGGAGCUCAUCAGGAAGAGGGAGAAGCUGAAGAGGGAGGAGGUGGGGUCAUGUUAUCAUUAGAUCUCUCCAAACUUUUUCUUCUAAUCCAGGAGGAGGAGAAUACCUUCAGUCGACUCCUCCUCCUCCUCCUCCCUGCAGCGGUCUAAUGACGAUUUACAGUUUCUGUUCGCUGCUUUGAAAUGACUCGAAUUGUCCGUCUGCACCGGUAACCUCUCGCUGUGUGAACUUUGUGGGAGUGUUUGUACUCAGCUGUCGUUCUGCCUGUCCUUCUGUCAGAUGAAGCUGCAGCAAUCCGUGCUGGAGGUCCAGCUCACCCCGUUCAGCAUCCUGCUGAGAGCCGUGCUCCAGCAGCUGCAGGAGAAGGACCAGUACAGCAUCUUCGCUCAGCCCGUCAGCGUGAAGGAGGUGCGUCACUGUUCAAAACUGUGGAGGGUUUAAAAAAACAAACAUGUUUGAGUUUUAUCUGAGAAACAUCAGAGCUUUAUCUCAGCCUCCUUGGUCUUCUGCAGGUCCCUGACUACCUGGACCACAUCAAGAACCCCAUGGACUUCUCCACCAUGAGGAAACGCAUCGACGCCCACGACUACAGGAGCCUGGAGGAGUUUGAGGAGGACUUCGACCUCAUCAUCUCCAACUGUUUGUCCUACAACGCCAAGGACACGUUCUUCUACAGGGCGGCUCAGCGGAUGCAGGACCACGGAGGAGUGAUCCUCCGCAGGGCCCGCAGAGAGGCCGAGAGGAUCGGCUUCGACUUCCCGAGCGGGUUACACCUGCCCGAAGCUCCCAAACAGGAGCCUCCACCGCCGUUCUCCUGGGAGGAUGGUGAGUCAGCAGAUAAAGAACGCUUUUGUCUGUUUUUGUCUGUUUUAAAUUACGACAGAGUAUAAGGGCCACACUGAGGAAGAAAAAUUAAGACUUCAUAAUAACUUAAGAGAAUAAAGUCGUAAUAAGUUCGUAAUCAGUUGGAUUGUUUCUUGAGAAACCACAAAAGCUCUCUGGACGUCCCACUGAUGCACCCACAGAAAACUCUACAGUCGACCCGUUCAGACAUUUCCUCCUCCACUAAAGCAGCUUUAAGACUUCAUUUACUUUACGACUUUAUUAUUGUCAAUUAUUAUUUUAUUAUGACUACAACUUUUUUCUCUUAAGUAAUGAUUUUAUUUAAACUUGAUUCUCGUAAAUAAUGAUUUUAUUAUGAUUUUAUGCUCAUAAUGAUUUUCCUACGACUUUAUUCUUGUUGAAAUUAUUUUAUUAUGACUUAAUUCUCGUAAAUAAUAGAUUUCCUACGACUUUUUUUGUAAAUAAUGAUUUUAUUACGAUUUUAUUAUUAUUUUAAAUAAUUAUUUCAUUACGAAUUUUUUUCUCGUAAAUAAUGAUUUUAUUACGAUGUUGUAAAUAAUGAUUUUAUUAUGAUUUUAUUAUUGUAAAUAAUAAUUUUUUAUUGACCAUAUUCACAAUGAAUACAUAUCGAUUUUAUUCUCUAAAGAAAUUAUUUUAAUACGACUUAUUUUCAUAAAUAAUGAUUAUAUCACAACAGUAUUCUAGUAAAUAAUUAUUUUAUUACGACUUUAUUCUUGUGAAUAAAUCUGUUUUUCUGACUUUGUUCCCCUAAAUAAUGAAUUAUUCCGACUUUUUUUCUCAUAAGUCAUGAUUUUUUUAUGAUUUUAUACUCUAAGUCUUUUUUUUUUUUUUUUUUUAAAGUGGCCCUAAUCCUCUGUCAUAUUAAAUUAUUCUGAUAGAUUAUCAAUAAAUCCAGAUUUUUACCCAUCAUGACACAAUCAGCUUGUAGACUUCAGAGUCCGCCGACCUCUGACCAUGAAGACCGUGAAUUUUCAACACUGAUGUAACAUGACCUUCUGUGUCCCUCCCAGUGGACCGCAUACUGAGCCCCUCCUACCGUCAGAAGACCCCCCUGAAGGAUCAGCUGAAGGAGCUGCUGGAGAAGCUGGACCUCAGCACGGCCAUGAAGCACAGCCCGUCCCGCAGCAAGAGGCUCAAGCUCCUCAAGAAAACCAUCAUGGAGGUCCGCAGUGAGAUGGGCCUGAAGAAGCCCCUCCCCAAGCAGAAACCCGCCACUCCAGAGACCAGCACGGCGCCCCCAGAGCCAGAGGAGAAACCACUACCAGAGCCUGUGGCAGAGCCUCCGACUCCACUGAAGGAGGAGGAGGAGGAGCCUUUACCUCCCCCAGCGUUCGAGCUGCUGACCUCCCUGUCGACGCUCGAUACCUUACCCAGCGACCCGGAGCCCCCUCUUAAGACCCGCACACCCAGCUCGGACCACAUACCCAUGGAGCUCGACUGCGACAAAGACACUUCUACCUCAGUGCUCCCUUCGGACACCCCGAACGGGCACAUCCUGGACCCGCCACUCCUCAACGGGAACCUCCACAUCGAAGCCUCCGGCAACUGCAACCGGCUGACCAACAACUUGUUCCGCAAGUCCAAGAGCGUCAGCCCCAAGAAACCCCCCAAGACCCACGAGGGCGCCACCUCACCCACGUCACCCCUGGGCGCCAAAACCUUCCUGUCCGUGGUGAUCCCUCGACUGGAGACGCUCCUCCUGCCAAAGAAGAGGAAACGCAGCUGCAGUGCCGACGGCGAGGAAGACGAGGAGGAGACGCCGAUGAAACGCCUCGGCACAGGUACCAAAUCUUAGAUUCUUGACUCAGACUCCGUGACGGAGAGUCUCCUGUGAUGUUUAAAGACGUCCGUUGUUGCUCAGGUAUUGCGAACGGCUUUGUGAUGGAGGAGGAGGAAGAGGAGAGGGACGUCUCCCCGACUCCUCGUCUGCUGGAGCCUCGCCGACGCUGUGCCUCCGAGUCGAGCAUCUCCUCCAGCGGGAGCGUCCUCUGCAGCACCAGGUGAGGUUUGAAAUAAACACUCCGAUAAAUGACCUUUAACCUGUUGAAAUAUCCUCCAUUGAGUUCUUAAAGGCUCCUCGCCUCUCAACAAGCUCCUUAUCCUGGUUUUCCUCUGACCCCCCUGCAGCACCGUCACCGUGUCUAAAGCUGGGAAAGGACGGCCGGCUGCUCGGCGGAGCACGGUGGACGACAAAAGCACUCUUACGUCCUGCAAAGAGAACGGCGAGCUUCCUGCGGCUGCAAAGAUCUCUACAGGUGUGCAGAACGUCAGCCGUCUCACUGACCACGCGAAUGAUCGAAGCUCCUUAUAAGUUUUAAUAAACAAGAGUGAAGACGCUCCGAAUCUGUCACUAAAUUCAGCUCAGUGUGCAGAAAAGUCCCCAAAAUCAAACACUCACAUGAAAAUCACAUUUAGAAGAAAGAUGGUCAUAAACUCUAAAUUAUAAACUCAUUAAAAACUCUAUUUGAUUGUUGACCGGGAAAAAAAACUAAAAUCUCAAGUGUUGAAACAGAAAUGUGUCUUUGCUAUAAGAAUAAACAAUUUGACGUCAGCGACAUGUAUGCAGGGUGAUAAACUGAAAAUUUACUGAUACUGAAAUUUACGACAGUAACCGACGUCAUUUUGCCCAUUUCAGUAUAUUUGGUGUCAAAAAAUAGACAAAAUUUGGUUUUGGAUGAAAUUUAAAAUGUUUGUCAUAGUAUACGGUAACAUUUCUGUAUCAUACUACAGUAUGAUAUCUUUAUCAAAGUACUAUGACUUUUCCAUACUUGAGUUUGAAGUUUUUAUCAUGAUAUACUAUAAUAUAUUUUUAUCAUAUAAUACCGUGAUCUUUUUCUACAUAAUUCAUAUUUAUCAUACAAAACCUGACCGGGAUUCAAACCCUGAUAUUCGUUCAGAAAGGACAACUGGACUUACUUGAGACGUUUCCUCUGAGGCGAAACGUCUCAAGUAAGUCCAGUUGUCCUUUUAAUGUAGAACUGGAAAUCAUAGAUGCUGCAUCCUCAGUUUUAACCCUCGAUUCCUGUUAAUUUUAAGCUCCAUCUGGCCUACUUUGUCCCCAACAUGGACAUGCAGAUAAGUACUCAUAAAAUCAAAAUUUUAAAACUUUUUUUGACUCAGAUCUCCUAAACAACUUCAGCCCUGAUCAUUAAAAAAAUGAUGAUUAGAAAAUUCGAUGUAUUUCCUUUUUUAUGCCAGUUUUUUCGCUCCAUGUUGCUGCUACUUUUAAUGGUAAAGAACACAAAAUCACCAUAUUUCCUCACCAAGAUGAUUUAUUUUCUUUAAAAACAGUCUCAGCCAUGAAGAUGUUUUUGUGCGCCAUAACAUAUUUAUUGAUAAAGUGAUAUAUAUAUUUAUUGAUGCGGUCCUGACUCUUCCCUCGUUGAAAACACUCCGACUGUUGAGCAGCUGAGAUCCUGUUAAAUGCAGAAACAGAAGAGCAACAUGUACAGUGUUGUUAAAAGAGGAGAUGAUGAAACACAUUGCCAUGUGAACCAUGUCGUUGACAUCAAAGUGAAAAUGAGGAUUCGGAUCAGAACAUUUUUCAGUUUCAACAUUUAAAGUCGUGUUUUUCUCCGUCUCUCUGAUGGAUUUUAUUUUAAAACGUUUCCAAAUCGUCAAAUUUCGUUUUUAUUUACCUUUUUUUUUUGUUCUUAGUCGUGAAUGUUUGGGGAAGUCGUGAACUCCUGCUGCUGAGUGUGUGCGUGUGUGUGUGUGUGUGUGUGUGUGAGAGUGUGCAGCCUGGUUCUUUGCAGACUGGUUGUGCUCUGUGUCUGUUGCUGUGAACACUUCAUAACGUGCUUGUCGUUGUUUCUGUAGAGGUGUGGGAGCCCCCCGCUGCUUCUCCAUUUGUUCUGGAGCCUCUUAAACUAGUUUGGGCUAAAUGUAGUGGAUAUCCCUCCUACCCCGCCCUGGUGAGUGCGUGUCUGUGCCCUCUGUGUCUCAUUUCCCAUCUGCCCCUCUGCCAUUGUGCGUGCCGUAGCUCGUGAUUUGUGCUCACAGCCAUGCAGCAGCUGUCAGCCGGCCGGCCGACUGUCCGUGGACCGCUCAGUGCGCGAGUGUGUGCGUGCGUGUGGAGUCGGCCGCUUCGCUCAGAGCGUCUCGGCUCGGCUCAGCCUGGCGUGUUUGUGUCUCUGAGUGCGGGCUUCCUCUCUCCAGAUGCCGCCGCCCCGGAUUUUUCUCCGCCUUGCCGCUGAGAUGUAGCAGCCUCACUCAGUCUCCGCCUCUCUGUGUGUGUCUCUCCGCCCUCACAGAUCAUGGACCCCAGAGCACGGAGGACGGCGUAUCAGCACAAAGGGGUGGAGCUUCCCCUGCCGCCACAGGACGUUCUCAGGGCCGGAGAGCGGAUGCAGUUCAGGUCCGAAGAGAAACUCUUCCUCGUCCACUUCUUCGACAGCAGACGCAGCUGGUGAGUUCACCGAUUUAUGCUGGGUUUGUCUUUAAAUCUAGAUCGCCAUGAUUAGAGACCAGAGGAGGGGCUUCUCAGGGGGGUUAGACCUUUUACCCCAGAACUAAACUUAGACCCCAGCUCCUCAAAAAGUUCUCAGCAGCACCAUCAGUCGUGUUUUUAUCUUUUCAUGAAUCGUUCGUAGAGCUCAGCGCAGUCAUGAGAUCAGAUCACAUGUGAUGAUGUUUGUUUUUCAUGAUGACAGGUCUGUUCACGGUCUGAUGUGACGUUAUAAAGACGCUCUCACUCACUCUGACGCUCUGCCUCGCUUCUCUUCAGGCAAUGGCUUCCUAAAUCCAAGAUGGCUCCCUUCGGGAUCAACCAGACGCUGGACAGAAUCAAGCUGAAGGAGGCUCGCUGCUCCUCCGUGCGAAAAGCUGUGCAGCUCGCCUUCGACCGAGCCGUGAACCACCUGAAGAGCGUCAGCAGCGAGCGGGACCUGAGCGUCCACCUGGCUGCUGUGGACUGAACUUGUCCUCUUCUCGUCCUCCCAUCAUCCUCCUCUCCUCUCCUCCUCUUUGUCCUUUCAGCCUUUCGUUUCAAUCGCAGCAGAGACGCUCGGUUUCUGCCUCAUACGCACAACAAACCCUCUCACUCUCACUCUCGUCAUGUUUACCGCGUCCUGCUAACUGGAUCGUUUUCUGUCUCCCCUCACGUUCGUCCCCUUCUGUCUGAAAUACUGUAGCUUCUGACGGCCAUCCUGUUUUGUCAAAGAGCUAUGCAACGAAAAACGACUCGGCUAUCGGGUGCAAAAAGCCGAAAGAAAGAAAAAAAAAUCACACCUGGGCUAUGAGGAGCGAGAAAUCACGGGUCUAAACCUGUUGAAUGUGUCAGAGUCUGACCUCUGACCUCUUUAAAUGUGCUGCAAGACUGCUGCGACAGUCCCGCCGCCACGGAAACGUCCAUCAGCGUGCAGCGGCGCGACUGCAGCAGCUCCUGUAAAUAUCCUGUACAAGGCCUGACACUAAUUUAUUCACUCCCUCAGAUCGUUCUGGUACAUGCUGUUCACAUAUUUA